UGGCUCUAGCAUGCGACAACGUUCACUAACAACCGACACCGACGGGACGGCUGAGAGACACACCCCAACCUCCCCAACACGCUUAUAGGUGCCACGCCGCUCUGAGCCGCGCGGGAUUCUGCGAUGAGCGCGGAUCCGUCCACGUAUGCUGCGCGCCGACUCAAGGCGAGCCGCACAUCAGCGUCCGCAACACGCCUUUCCUGCGCUACUACCCGAUGGAGUGCUACUCGUGCGCCGGCCUGCGCGUGCAGGGCGCCGCCACCCGCGUGCUCGCGGGCUCGCGCUACCUCAGCCCGACCGCGGAGUGGGAGGAGGAGCCGUGCGAGGAUGAGGAGCGCCUCGCCGCCAUGAUGGUCGACGAGGAUGAGGCGGUCGGGCCGCCGCCGCCGCCGCAGCCGCAGCGAUGGUCCUCUCAGGAGAUCGCCCGCGCGAUUGAGGAGGCCCAGCCGCCGCCUCCGCCGCUGCCUCCGCCGCCCAGCGCUCCGCUGUUCCCCGUGCCGAUGCUCGCCUGGAUGCAGCGUAAAGAGGAGCGCCGUCAGCAGAGCCAGGCGGCCAGAGCCGAGGAGCGCCACCGCGCGUUCAUGGCCUCCUUGGGUCCACCGCCCGUGCCGAUGCAGGCGACCGACCCGAAUCACGUGGUCCGGACGGUGCACGUUUACGAUUGGUGGAACCCACACUAUCCUCGCAUGACCCUGUGGGGCUGAGUGUGUACUAACAUCUCUAGUUUCAGACCUCGAAGAGCGCGGCGCCGGCGCGGGGCGGUCUGCCUG